AGCGUCCGGCGUCAUGGCGUGCCUACACUCCUGCAUAGUUCUGCUAGCAGUCGCCGUCGCAGUGGCUCUCAGCCUCGACAUCGCCUCUGCCAAACCGGGGGCCGAGCAGAGAGUGGUCGGAGUGAGAUCAGCUGUCCGAGGAGCUUACCCCCUCCGAAGACGUUUCACGGCCCGAGGCUGUUCUUCUUUCGGUCACUCGUGUUUUGGAGGGCACGGCAAGAGAUCAGAUGAAGAAUUUCCACCCCCAGAGUUUCUCCCUCCCGUAGAACAAGAACCUGAAAACCGAGUUCCCCUUGACAACAUUAAACAAGCUGACAUUGUACCUCUUCUGCGGCAGUGGCUACAGCUACGGUCUUAUAGAAGGAUGGCAGAAAGCAACCCUAACUAGAAUUUUAUUCUUUCAACCCUCUGAUUGUUUCACUUAGUUUCUAAGCAAUGUUAUAUUCUAAAUAAAACAUUAUUGUUGAAUUUUGUAAUAUAGAUUAUUUUCCGUUAUGGUUGAAAGCCUCGGAUGAAAAUCCUUCAGCCAAAGUUACUUUGCCUCUAUUUUACUGGACGUUAAUUUCGGGCCUGGGAAAUUAAGGGGUGUGACAUAAUUUUUUUGAUUUAAUAGUUGAUUAUAGUUUAUUUCAUCUGUUUUUUUUUUUCACGGUUGCUGAAAUGAUUUGUAUUACCUUUUUCUUGGGUUUAGUUUAAACUGUUUGAAUAUUGGUCUUAUUUACAAAUAAAUAUGGCUGUAAAUGAUCUUGUCUGAUUGAAAGUACAUUGAAUUUUGGUUAAAAACAGAAUUUUGUUAGAACUGGAGGUCGUGUAAAUCUAUAAUAAAAAAAAAAAAAACAAUUUGUAACACUGUCUUAAUAUUCUACAGCUAUAAUAAAUGUGUAAUUUACCUUCUCAAUGUGAAUGGAUUUUUGGAUUUUCUCCAAAGUAUUUUUGUUAUGAAUUUGUUUAAACUCAGUCAAUUCAUGGAGUGUCGCAAGACGUCCUCAAACGUCUUUGGAGUAAUUUUGUCUAUAUAAAAAGUAGGCAGAAUUCUCUAAAUUAAUAAUUCAGCUGUAAUCCCCGUUUUCCAAACCAUAAAGAAAUUUCUUUCAAAACUAUGUCUGAGUUUGAUUUCGUUUCCAAACUUUUUUUAACUUGUUAAAAAUGGAAAACCUUUGUAGGUCAAAGUCAUAUUUUCCUGUGUGUAACUAGGGGAUUAGUUUCAUUGAUAUCUUUCAUAGUGGUUGUUUUACAAAACUUAGCUACAAUAAGAUGUAUACAGUAGGCAAACCUAUGUAACAACUGUCAAUAAAGAGAUAUUGUUUCA